UUAACCGUGGCAUGUAAACACCGCUUGGUGUUCACGCUGACAGCUGACGUUAACCUUAAAAAAAUCAUUGGGAUCUGCUCCGCACGAAAACGUGGUUUCGUGAAAGAAACAAAAUAUUUAUCCGUGAAUAAAAUCGUGUACCCUGCCGACUAGUUCGCCGCGUGGCAUGCAGUUUCACGAUCGUUAGCGCAAAGCUGCGUCCGAACAUGGAAUACACCGCGUUAGCCUAGCCCGGCUGUGACGGCGAAGAAGCAGGCGUCGACGGCAAGACCGGCAAGAUAGGAUUUUCUUUAUGAACAUUUUGUUUUUAAUAAUAUUUUGGUUGGUGUGACCUGUGAAAAGUGGCGUGCGAAAACAAGGGUUGUCGUAGAAGCUGAGCUUGUUUGGGGCACGAUCUUGACAGUGUAGCUUUCGGGGGUUUGGGAAUUGGAUCAAGUUCGUUCAGUGUGUAGUGUAGUGUUGUGUGUCAUUGGCUAUAGUUCCGCUUGUUUAGAAAGUGCUUGUGCAUGCGGAAACCGGCGAACAGAGUGUGAAGCGCUUGCUAAACAUCAAACACAACCAUCAGGAGGACGUCUGCGCUUAUCGGCCGCGAAAGCUACUCCCGCAGAUCGGCAGUAAUCGUAGCGAGCAUAAGCAUGGCCUCUACGCAGGUAUCACAUGGAUCCAGUGUUACUAGCAAUACGGCGAAUAAUAACAAUAACAACAACAACAACAACAACACCCCCAGCAGCUCUUCUUACGCCAACGUGCUGUUGAACUUGAAGGAGCAGGGCAAAGAUUCAUCGAACCAGACUGACAACAAUAAGGAAAACAUUGGCAGUGAGCGAGCAAGUGGCGCCCAGAACAGCGGCAAAGGCAAACCUAUCGUCGGACCGCCGGUAGCGAAAGAAGCGAUGAUGCUUGGUUCUGCGACGUCCGCCUCUACCGCCCCCACUGCCACAAGUACUUCAUCCACCGGGUCAGCACCCACCACCGCCUCGAUGGUGGUGGACGGAGCAAAGGACGCGCUCAACAACGAGCUGGACUCCAAAAGUACACUCGACGAUUUGGAAGACGAUGCCAACUUUGUCCCAGUCGUGUCGCACCACAAGCGCGAUCGUAAAGCAAAAGCGGCUGCGGCAGCCGCUGCCGCCGCGGCUGCUGCUGCUGGUGGUUCCGUCGCCAGUAUAUCGAGCUCGAAAUCGGCCGGAGAGAAAACUUCCGGAGCUGGAGCUGCUAGAGGGUCUGGUGGUAGACGCUCUGCGGCUCCAGGGACGCAGACGCACAGCAAGCAGCAGGGCAAGGUGACAAAUGAGCGUGGCCCAGAUGAAAGGGGAUCAUAUCGGAAGGAUUUUGGAAAGAGGAAAUCGAGCGAUCGCAGCCGCAUCCAUACCGGCGGCACCGUCGGCGAAGGGUCGAAGGACGAAAAGGUACACGAUGCAUCGAAGGAGGAAGGAGGUGCCGGUGGUGGUAGUGCCGCUGGUGGUGGCGCUGGCCCGUCUAACAAACAGCAACAAUCAACGGUUGGCACCGGCGGCGGCGGCGGUGGUGGUUCAUCGUCAGGCACAACCGGAACACCAUCCGACGAGGAAGAUCGUGCUAAAGAGGAUGGCAAGAAGUUUGUUGAAGCGCCACUUCCGAAGGUGAACGCAUGGAAGGUCACCCCGUCCGUAGAACCGGCACCAAUUCCAUCGAACGAAACACGUGUUCAGAGUAAAUCGAAUUCUAACACGGUGCGUGGAGCAACCGCACCAGCACCAGCAGCAGCAGCAGCAGCAGCCCCUUCAAGCUCUACAGCUACAGCUACUACUGGUGCCGUGAGCACAACCAGCACAGCUGCAGCUGGAGAAAAGACAGAGGCUGUAAGCGUGGCUGGAUCCAAUGAAAAACGCGUUGCACAGACCAAACAGCCAACCAAAGCUCAAGGAAAUGGCAACAACAAAGCAACGUCCAACGAUCCAAAUGGUAGCAAACCGACAGCUUCAUCUGGUGGCAAGUCCGAUAAGAAACGCAAUAACGCAAAGGCGGCAGACUUCACUGCCAACAGUGGCGAUUGGCCCACAUUAGGCGAGAAAAAGGUGACACCGGCUGAAGGUUCGAAGAAAGCAGCAGCAUCGAGUGAAACUGUAUUAGAAAAACAUAACUCGGGAGCAAAGGUGCCGGGCUCAUCAUCGGCCACCCAGCAAAAAUCGACAGAACCGCCGACCGUUGUCUCUUCUACCCAAUCUCCCAAAAAGCAACAAUCCUUAGAUAUCGCCGCUUCGGAAAGUGUUUCAAGUUCUGCAAAGAACUCGUCGACGAACAACAACAACAACAGUAGCAACGUCGUUAAAGAUAAUGCUACCAAAACCGCUGAAGUGAUUCCGUCUCGUACCACUGCCAAGUCUCAGAAUCAGCACGGUUCGAAAGCGUCCGGAGAUGAUGGUGCCGGAGGUAAGAAACAGGCAAACAGUGCUGCAUCUCAAGUGCAGCCGUCAGCAGCGUCAAGCUCUGCCACGAAGUCACAAACGGAUACUGCCGAUCCCGCCACCACUGUAGUGGAACAAGCUUCACAAAGUCGGCCACAUAGCCGAGGACGAGGAACGGCAACUGAAGCGGAUGCUAAUGGAACGAACGCAACAACCAGCAACAGCAACGCCAAUACCACCACCCGGAAAGGCCCCAAGCCGAAAUGGGUUCCGUUAGAGAUUGAACUGCCAAAAACAAGGGAAAGACGUGCGCGUACGCCCCGGCACAGACGAUACGACGACUAUGAUGAGGGAAGUUGGCAACAGCAACAGGAAUCGUCCGGACAACAACAGCAGGCCCAAUCACAGCACACUCACUCACAGCAGCCACAGCAGCAUCCGCCGCAACAACAAUCACAGCCACAGCAGUCGCAGCAACCACAGCAGUCGCAGCAACCACAGCAGCAGCAGCAGCAGCAACAACAACAACCAGCACAUCAACCACACCAGCCACCGCAGCACCGCGGCGGAAACUCGGUGUCGGGUCGCAUAAACAGAGGGCGAAGUACGCGGGGAGGAGGUGGUCCACCUGCUUACCGCGGCGGACGGGGCAGUGGUCGCCUAUCUGCCGGGCGUGGUGGCAUCAACUUCGGCUAUCGACGAGGCGGAGGUCCCAUGCGCGCGGGAGGCAAUCGUCACAUGAACGACAGGAAUAUGUCCGCUGCCGUUGCGGGGGGUGUCGAGAAUGGUGUCGGCGUGAUGCCGGUAGGAACGGGACAAGAUUUCCAAGACUUCACUGCGAUGAACAAGAUCGGUUCGGACCAGGCGGCGUUCAUCAUGCCUUAUUUGAGUACGUUCUAUUACAACGGUGCACCACUGAUAGGAAUGGACCAGCUGAGCAUUAAGGAGUGUAUCAAGAAGCAAAUUGAAUAUUACUUCAGCGAGGAAAAUUUAAAUCGCGACUUUUACCUGCGACGGAAGAUGGACCCCGAAGGAUUUCUCCCGGUGACAUUGAUUGCCUCGUUCCACCGAGUGCAAGCACUCACCGACGAUAUUGAUAUGAUCAUCGAAGCAAUCAAAGAAUCGGAAAAGCUAGAAUUGAUCGAAGAUUAUAAGGUGCGCACACGUGUGAAUCCUACGAUGUGGCCAAUCGAUCAUUCGGUAGCGAUCGUCAAUGGGGCAAUCAAUUUCAGCACGGCUUUAAACGAGCAACAGCAGCAGCAGCACCACCCAGCGCUGCAAGCUCGAACUACGCUGGGCGAGCAAAAACCAUCGGAGGAGAAACCGGGCGCAGAAGGACAGCAGGAGCAGCAGCAGCAGGAGCAGCAGCAGCAACAGCAGCAGCAGCAGCAAGCUGCCGAGGCUGUUGCAGCUGUGCCGAUAUCGGUUUCGAUCGCUGGCGAUAGUUCCGAUGUGGCUGCCGUGCCGCAGUUGCAGGUGGCUUCUAAAAUUCUUUCUAGUAUUCCACCGCCCCCAUUACCUAGAAAUAUUCGCAAUCCCGUAAGUAAAACAAGCAAAACGGUGCCGCUGCUGAUACCCUCAGUAAAUGUGGCGCCGAUGGUGAAACCUUGCUUCGUGAAGGAGGUUGCAGCGAAAGCAGCCAACAAGGCUCCGUUGACGAGUAACGCACUUAAUCCUGCUGCCCCGGCCGCUGAAAGUGGCAAAGCGGCAGAGGAAAACUUAAAUCCAGACGUGCCGGAGUUUGUGCCGGGCGCUGCACUAGUGGCGGAUAAACCGCAGCGAAACAAACCAAGUGAGAAAAAGCAACCAAACCCAAGCAGCCAGCAGCAGCAGCAGCAGGGUGGUGGUAAAAAGGGCGCCAACAAAGCAGGAUCUGGUCAGGCGGUAGUUGGUAGUGGUGAGGAGAAAGAGAGCAAGCGUGUUGCUGCUGCGUGCGACGCAAAACCUGUGGACGAUCCGAAAUCGCAACCCGAGGAGGAAAACAGCGAACAGCAGCAGCAGCAGCAGCAGCAGCAGCCGGCGGAGGCCACCUUGUGGAAGGAGGUCAAGAGAAGAUCUCGGUCGAGUCAAUCUCACACCCAGCAAGCGCCGGCUCAACCCCAGCCGCAACCACCCAAACAAUCGCAGCAGACAAAAAACAGUAGCGCUACCAGCAGUGUUAGUGGGCCUUUGGCUAGCGACAUUGCUGGUAGCAAGAGAGCUGGAUCGGUGGAACAGCUUACGAAGCAAUCAUCCCCGCAAGUUGUGCCUCACGCAGGCAACACAUCGCAACAAUCGGCCCCGGACGGCAACGCGAGCAGCGGUGCGGCGCCAAGCGUGUUAGCGCCGGCAGCCGCGAGCGCUGCUUCCGCUACGGAAGAGCGCGAAGAGCUGGACUUUCAGUUUGACGAGGAGCUGGAUAUUCCGCGGACGUGCGGCGGCCGUGUGAACCACUUCACCGACAACUGGUCCGAGGAUGACGAUGAGUCGGAUUACGAAAUACCCGACAACGAAAUCAAUAAGCUGCUGAUCGUAACGCAAGUGACCCAUCGAUUGCCGAAACACGACGGUUACGAUCGCACCGGGGACUUUACGACCCGCACGAAAAUCACACAGGACCUGGAACGCAUCAUCAACGAUGGGCUAUACAACUACGAGGAGGAUCUGCUAACGAACAAGAGCGAUGGGCGUCGUUCCGGCGGCUACCAUAACUAUCGCACGGUGAACCUUAUUACGCAGGAAGAAUACGAUAAGAUAGUAACGAAGGCACCGAAGCUGGCGGCGCCGGAAGCAGCACCGCCAGCAGUGCCGGUGCCCCCGAGCGUAACGAUUCUAUCGCCGCCCUCACCGGAUCCGGUGCCAUCAUCGGCGCUCGAUGAUAGCACCCUGGUUGACGAGCAUUCGCUGCUGGAUGCAAGCGGUCUGAACAUGAGCACCACUUCCACCGGCAACCGUCACAAGGCACGGUUCUACGCCGUCAACAAGGAUGAGUUUGUCGAUCCGAUCACGCCCCGUAAACGCAAAACGCGCCAUCUCACCAACCCUCCCGUGGAGAGUCAUGUCGGUUGGGUGCUGGAUGCGGUCGAGCAUCGGCCUCGCACGACCAGCAUCGGCAGCUCGGCCGGCACAAGCCCGACGGCCUCCAGCUACGGCUCGCUGCCGCACAGCUUACCAGUCUUUCAGCAUCCGUCCCACGCGCUGCUGAAGGAGAACGGGUUCACGCAGCAGGUGUAUCACAAGUACCACAGCCGGUGUCUGAAGGAGCGCAAGCGGAUGGGCCCCGGUCAGUCGCAGGAGAUGAACACUCUGUUCCGGUUCUGGUCGUUCUUUUUGCGCGAGAACUUCAACAAGAACAUGUACAACGAGUUCCGGCAGCUAGCGAUCGAGGAUGCGGCGGAAGGGUUCCGUUACGGGCUGGAAUGUUUGUUUAGAUUUUAUUCGUACGGUUUGGAGAAGAAAUUCCGAACGCAGCUGUACGAAGAUUUCCAACAGGAGACCGUGUCGGACUACGAGAAUGGUCAGUUGUAUGGACUGGAGAAAUUUUGGGCCUUCCAAAAGUACUAUAAAAACGCUUCCAAGCUUUCGAUAAGCCCCAAGCUGAAGGAAUAUCUGGACAAGUUCAAGUCGAUCGAAGAUUUCCGCGUGCUGGAACCGCAGAUCAAUGAAAUGCUGGAAGGAGUUGGUAAUUUGAAGCCGUGCCUAGCCAAACGCCGUCCUCGCAGUGUUUCCGAAAGUGAGGGCGUCGCUGUGGUGGUGGGUUCUGCGCCGGGGCCGUCUCACGCCGGAGCUCACCCUUACCAGGCCGGUGGCAGCCGUCGUGGGGGUGGUGGUGGUGGUGGUGGUGGAGGUGGCAGUGGAGCGGGUUCGUCAAGCCACAGUAAUACCGGACAUUACACAACCCGUAAUCGAUGCGAUUCGGCGGGUAACAAAACAGUGGAAGGAUCUAACAGACUGCGCACCCGUGCCGGUUCCUUCGGUGAUUCAACGCAGGUAAUGCGCCGCAGGAGUGGUUCGGCCGGCAACCGUGUGGUGCGCACGUUCAACAACCCAGGUAGCCAUCGGUCCCUUGCCUUUCUCACCCGCUCCUCGAUGCAACCGUCCACGUCCGGUGGCGCAGGUAGCAACAGUAACAUCAGCAAACAUCAGCAGCAACCCCAGUAUGGUGCUGGUGCCAACAAAAUGAAACCGUAUAAAUCAGUUCAAAUAAGCUACAACGCAAACAGCAGUGGAAACAGUGCCGGUGACAGUAGUGGUGCAGCAGCGGGACCUUCAGCCGACGCUGCAAAAAGCAGCGCUAGCAGCAAAUCGAAUGACAGCAGCAAUGUUCAUAACUAAAAGGGGGCAGGGCAGCAAAGCAUUGCAUGCGGGGAUAACAGUCAAGCUUUUUUGGUCGGUCGCGAAAGUCACUGCAGCAGAGCAGAGUGAGAAUGUGAUUAUUUCUCAAAAAGGCGUGCGGCGAAGAAUAUGCUCAUCACGAGCAGAUUAGCCGCGCCCGUAUUUCCAUCCAAGAUCUGCCCCGCAAACGGGGGUAAUUCUGGGCAUGGGGAAUCCUGUUUCAAACUCCUGUUGUGGUGUGCGUGCUUUUGUAGCGCAAAUGUGCAACACCGAUUGCGACAUAUACAAUACAUGCGGUAAGUUCCAACUACAAAAGGUCAUUAUUAUUUUGUGGCCCCUUAUACCCCCCCCCCCCCCCCCUCCUACCCAGCCUUUACACCAUUUUGCGAUUUAAAUGGUCAAUUGAUAAAUGUUCCUAGCAAACUCACAUUAACAAGCUAAUUAACAAGGGAAAGCAAUUAUUGAAAAAAUGGUCGCAAGAGAGAGAAUGUGUGUGCAUUUUAAUAUGUUGCCGCACAUUAUCGUCAAGCCCACAAGUGUCGCAGAAGUCAAGGCAAGUGGUAAUACACAACCAUCGAGGUUCGAGAUCAGCAUCUACGUACGUGUAAAGUACUUUAUACUCUCGCAGUAUCAUCGCUUGCGUUGUGCCCAUAAAAUGCGUUUUUUGUAAAUGGACCUGCAGUAGUAGAAGUACACUUACAUAGGUGUCGAGUAGAUUCAUUCGAGAAUUGCUAACAGCAGCAUAACCGAUUCCGGGAACAUCUGGGAGGCUACCUCUACCAGCGCAUGUAUUAUAUACUAAGCGGUUUUCUUACUAAACUCUAUCCCCCCCCCCUAUGCUAGAGCCGGCGGCUAAUUACCGCCCUUGCCUGCCAGUACAGUGUGUGGUAAACUGUACAUUGCUGGGCUGUCAUCCGACCAUACUUAUUUGUGGUAGAUUUUGUUUGUGUUCCGUUCUUUCAAGUGCACAGUUUGCAAAUAAUGAUGGAUUCUAGCAGCAAAAGUAAAUGCAAACCGGUGUUCUCUUUAUCACGUGGAAGAGAGAAAGCAAGCGAAUUGUGUCCGACUAAAACAAACAACCUAUCCCACUAAAGCACAUUGCACAGCGAUUAUCCAGCACCGUUUUUUGUAUGCUCUGAGAGAGCAGUAUUGCUUGCUCGAUCGAUUUGUUGGAGGUGUGCUGUAAAACCCCGCUCAUAAUUUAUACGGUUAGAUGUUGGCGGUGGGUCGGACAAGGAGUAGAAAAGGGAGUGGUGGAUCAUAGACGACGAACGACGACGCGUACAUAAUAUUACUACGGAUGCGCGUAAAAUCCGCGUAUUUGCUGAGUGAACUACUAACAGAUGACUCUUGUUUUAGUAGCUGUUUUUGCUAUGUUUUCUCUCCCCCCCACCCCACCCCUUUGCUUUCACCCUUCGGUGCCUCCUCCCUAUGCUUAAUCUUUAUGUUUGAUUCUUGGUCAUUUGUGUUAAGCGCGAGUGGGAUACGUAUAUAAUUUUUUUCUUUCGUUUCUAUUUGCUAUAAUUGGUGUUUUUCAACCGUGGAUCUAUAUCGUGUUUUGAUCGUUAAAAAUUCUUUCUUUUUUCUUUAGUUUACGUUUAUUACCUUCUUUUUUGUUUGUUUGUUCUCUGUGGGAUUAUUGAAUUUAAUAUUCGAUGAACGAAGUUACUAGAAGUGUAAGUGGAAUGACUAAGAGAAACAAACUACACAGACACACACAUAGACACACAGACAGAAACAACUUCUUAGUGCGUAGGCGCAGUAAGUAAAAUAGGAGAAAAAAAGCAAAAAAACUAAAAUAAACAAAAAAAGCUAAAUAAUGAUGAUGAUGGAAAGCGAAAUUAAACAAAACAACAAAAAAAAAAUUGUCGAAAAAUCGUUGCUAGCUACAAAUAGAUUCGGAUUAUAAACGGUAAACAAAACAAUUGCUGAGCCGCAAUUAAUUAAACCUAUAAAUAUAUAUAUAUAAACCAAUAACUGUAAAUAUUAUACUUUAUAUCAGUCAGUUUACAUAAAAAAUAAUUUGUAAGAUGA